AUGGGCGCGUAUUUGUCCGAGCCGGUAACCACAAAGGAGUCCGUUGAUGGUUUAGGUAAAAAUGUGGUAUUUGGCGCGAGUUCUAUGCAAGGAUGGCGGAUAAGCCAAGAGGACGCUCACAACUGCUGCAGCGAUUUCGACGAGAACGUCUCGCUCUUUGCAGUUUACGAUGGCCACGGCGGGCACGAGGUCGCGAGUUACUGCGCGAAGAAGCUCCCGGAUUUUAUAAAAGAAACAGAAGCUUACAAACGCGGUGACAUCAGACAGGCGCUGAUUGACGCGUUCCUGGGGUUCGACGCGACUCUCGCGACUCCUGAGGUGAUAAAGGUCCUCAAAGAAAUCUCCUCGAGCGCCGGAGACUCUGAGAAAGUCAAGGAGGAGGCCGAGACAGAUGAAGAAGACAAUGUCAGGGACUUGAAGCAGGAAGCCGCGAUGCCGCUCGAGCAGGUGAUCGCCAAGUACAUGGAGACUCCUGCUGGAGACAGGCUUGGCAAGAAAAUUAUUUCCAGUCCUAAUAUUCGCUGUCGUCGCACCAAAGAAAGGGACCCUGCUGCUGGGUGCUCUUCUACUUGGACUAAUGAGGCCGAUGUUAGCUCCAGCUCUGUUUCUGCUUCGGCUUCUGGGGAGAGUAAGGAGAAAGAGAAGGAUGGAGAGGCUGAAAAAUGUCCAGAGAAGGAUGUUGAGAGUUGUAAGAGCAGCGAAGCUGAACAGAUUCUUGAUUCUACGACUGGAACUGGAACUGAGGCUACUGUCAAUGGAGAAGUUGACCAUAAAGUCGUAAAUGAACCGGCAGUUAAAGCAAAGGAGGAAAUAAAAGAGAUUAAAGCAGAAAUGCCGGACAGUUCCGAGGACUCGGAUGCAAAAGUAUCUCCCAGUAAAAAUGAAACCGAGAGUAAGGAAGUAAACGGCUCUGACGUUAAAGACAAACCCGAGAGCAAGGAAGAGGCUAAAAAUAACGACGUGACCAGCAGCUCGACGAUGGAAAACGGAGAGACGAGCCAGGAAGCAAUGACCAGUACCAGACGCAGAAUUUCAGCUGCCGCAGAAGCACUCUUCCACGGACUGCUCGGGGAUUCGGACUCGGACGAAGAGGAUGAGGAUGACACAGAUGAAUCCUUUGACGCUCCCGGGGAGAGUGACGAGGAGGAGCUCGACCAAAAUGAAUCCGACGAGGAAGAUUCGGAUGACGAAUAUGCGGAGUACGAAGACGACGAGAAUGAUGAUGCACAAGAAGACAUCACUAUGGAUGAAGAGCCCGGCUCAGACAGCGGGUGCACGGCAGUUGUCGCUAUUCUCAGAGGAGAUGAUCUGUUUGUCGCGAAUGCUGGAGACUCCAGGUGCGUGCUUUGUAGAGAUGGCCAGGCUUUGGAGCUCAGCUUGGACCACAAGCCGGAGGAUGACCUCGAGAUGAAGCGGAUCAAUGAGGCUGGGGGUAAAGUCACUGCCGACGGACGAGUCAAUGGAGGGCUCAAUUUGUCCAGAGCUCUGGGAGAUCAUUCUUAUAAGCAGAAUUCUGACCUCCCGCCAGAGAAGCAGAUGAUCUCCGCGAUGCCUGAUGUCAGACAUGUUAAGAUUGAGACUCAGAGAGAUGAGUUUCUUAUUCUUGCUUGUGAUGGAAUUUGGAACUUUAUGAGCAGUGCUGAUGUUGUCGAGUUUGUUAAGAAGAGGAUUGAUGAGAGAAAACAAUUGUCGGCCAUUUGCGAAGAGCUGUUUGAUCACUGCUUAGCACCAGAUACCUGCGGUGACGGUACUGGGUGUGACAACAUGACAGCAGUGAUCGUGAAGCUGAAGAACGAUACAGAGGACCAAAAAAACAAGACCGAGGAGUCGGCAGCUAAAAAAAGGCCGCUCUCGCCCACCAGUGAAAAAAAUUCAGCUAAUGAACAAUCUAACGAGUGUAAACGGGCCAGAGAAACCGUUUAA